GAGUGCGAAAUUUCAAUUACAAUUAUAUAAAUGUUACCUGGCGUUCGCUGCGCCUGUCUUAUACGGUGUAUUUUUAGCGAUAUCGCAUAUAAAUAAUCCAUCGCGAGAAUGCGUUAUUUUCGCGGCAACACCGGCAUCGAUCGUGUCGAAAAUGCGCAGGGGAUUCUGGAAAUUCGAUGAGCUGAACCUCAAAGCCUUGUACAUAGAUCUGGAGGAGGACCCAGAGGAGGAUAAGCUCUGCAAGGAGUACAGCAGCUGGGAUCAGAUUCCCGACAUCCUGCUGGAGGAGAUCUUCUCAUACCUGACCAUUCGAGAGCGUUACUAUGCGUCCCUGGUGUGCAGAGCGUGGUAUCGCGCCUUCAAGCUGCAGAAUGUAUGGUCUACGUUCACCCUGGAGGAUACCACUCUCACGCGAGGGAAGUUCAACUAUUACAGCGGCUGGCAGUAUGUCCUGGAUCAUAUAAGAACGUCCACGUGUCUCAACAAAGUCGGCAAGAACUUUCGCUCGCUCAUAUUCGAGCCUAUGUUGAACUUCUACAACCUCUACGAGUUUAUGAACAUGAUAUCGUGGUACACUGAGCAGCAGGGCUUGGACAACACGUCCGUGGCGGGCGUGGGCACCUAUAUUCGUAGGCUGAAGUUCACCUUUCCUUGUAACAUGGCGAAUAGGAACGAUCCUGAUCGAAUCAGACUCUUUGGCACAGGUGGAAAGCUGCUGGAAGCGCUCAAGAGGCUUAUGAGAAACUUGCAGAAUCUCAGGUGCCUGGAGCUGAUAGAUCUGAUGCUUGAGAGCAACGAAGCCGUACAUUUAAUGGAUGACAUUUGUGUAAAUUGCACUCAGACACUGUCGAAAUUGAUACUGAUAAAUACCACGCGUUACAAUUGCCCCUUGUUACACGUGGGAGUAUUUGUUAAUUUAAACGUCUUAGUUAUUAGUCCCCAGAAUUUGCACGAGGAUGUGAUAGAGUUGAUAGGCUACACAAAAUUAAAGCAUCUUCACAUCUUGCAAAAUCGAUAUAGUCCAAAAGAUACCACCAUAAGAUUGCCAAAGAGAUCGUCUUGGGUAAAGAUGAGAGCGAAUAAUCCUUAUUUAAAAGUACAUUUUGAGGUAGAGAGCCAUAAAGCCACGGAUAUACUUUUGCCUAUCGACUUACUAGAGCACAGCGCUAUACCGUGCCAUAGUAUCAUAUUGGAUAAUCCAAACACGCAAAUUUUGCCAUCCACAGUGCUUACUCACGGGGCGUUCUUCGAUUCGACGAUACGAGUGUACGCUUUUAAGGGAGUAACGAGGUAUUAUCUGCACAGGAACUUCGCUAAGAGAUUGGACGAGGCGUUAGUGCAAUUCUGCCGAAUGUGCCCGAACCUUCAUACACUGAUGAUACGAGAUAAAAUAUCAACGGCUACGAUUCUAGAGAUCGUCUCUACCGCGAAACGCUUACGUUGCUUGUACGUUCGGCGAAACGUUGUCCUGAAGAAAUGCGACAGAGCCUGGUCGAAGAUCCUGGAUUGGUCACCCGAGUAUUAUCGAUGGGUAAAGAUAAACAGCCGUAAUUACGAGAGCACGGAGAGAGAAGUAUCAAAGAUGUUGGGCUAUCGGUGGCACAUGCUAUCCGAGAAAGAAUUUAAGACACAAACGCUUAAUUUGCACAUGUAGGCCGACAUAUUUUAUGUAUACAGGGUGUUUCAGACCACCCGUACCACUCAUUUAAAAACUAGAGAAGUGGUUAUUUCAAAAAAAUAAAAACAUUUUCUUCAUAAAUCAG